GUUUGUCUCUCAAGUUAAGCCUGAACACUGACGGAAAAAUGUAGUUAUCAAGGGAUUAAAAAACCUAAACCUUUUUCUCUGAUAUUCAGUAAAGAGAGUGAGGCAGCUCCUGUCUUGGCUGGCAUAUCUACAGCCUCAACAAUCGGUUUAGACCUCGUUUGGGAUUCCUGCUUGUUUGAGCAUGGCGGAGAUUGGAGUUCACGCAAUCCUCCUUUUGGUUAUUUCUCUGACAAAGUGUCUGGAAGGCACAAAACUUCUGGCCGACUUUAAAAAAUGUGCUGACUUGGAAUGUGAAACUUUAAUAAGCAGAGCCUUAGCCGUGAGAGAUUACAGAGGACCUGACUGCCUAUACCUGAACUUCACUAAGGGAGAAGAAAUAUCUGUAUAUGUUAAACUUGCAGGAGAAAGGGAAGAUCUGUGGGGAGGAAGUAAAGGAAAAGACUUUGGAUAUUUUCCCAGAGACGCAGUCCAGAUCGAAGAGGUAUUUAUAUCUGAAGAAAUUCAAAUACCAACUAAAGAAUCUGAUUUUCUUUGUCUUCUUGGAAUAAGCUACACAUUUGAAAAUGAAGAUAAUGAGUUAGACAGUGAUGAUGGUGAAAGUAUAUACUCAUAUGAGGAAGAUAAAGACCAAAAAUCUAGUGUAUAUGAAAAUGAUUUUCAGACAGAACUGGACUUUUAUUCAGCUUCUGAAAGUACUUGGUAUGAAGAUCAAUUUCCAUCAUCAGAGGCUCCUGAUGAUAUCAUAAAAGCUAGUGACUCAAAAAAUUGGGAAGGAGUAGAAGCUGGAAGUGUGAAACAGGAUCCUGUUUCAGAAGAGGAUUAUGUCCAGCCAUCUUCAACUGUGCCUGACGUGAAAGGAUGGUUUGGAUUCGGAAGGGAACAAGCAGAAAGGAACACUUUUGAAUCAGUUAUUGAACAAGAAAGCUCAUUUCCAAGGAGAAAAAUAGCAGAAGAUGGGAAUGACCUCGAGGAGUUAAAUAACGGUGAGCCUCAAACAGAACAUAAACAAGAAUCUGAAUCAGAGCUCAGUUCAGUGCCAAAGAAACAGUCUGAAGCGCCUGAGUCAGAGCACAUUCUCAAUCCUCAAGCUACUGGUUGGUUUGGCGGUGGAUUUACAAGUUACUUAGGUUUUGGAGGUGAGGACACAGGGCCUGAAUUAUUGUCCCAAGAAAGCAAUCUACCACUACAAGAUGUUCCUAAUUCUGUACCAUCUGAGGAAGAACCCACAGUUCCAUGUACAGAAAUACUAUCAGAAAAAGAAGACACAAUCCCUAAUAAUAGCUCAAUUCUCAAAACAAGUUGGUUUGAUUUUGGUUUUAGUAUGCUAGGCUUUGCAAAUGCCAAUGAAGGUAAAAUGAUAACAUAUAAUGGAAAAAAUGAAGGAGAUGGUAAAGGAGAUAAACAGGAACAUCCUCCAACAAGUGAAUUUGACCCUGAUAAGGAACAAGAAAUAAAAAUAAUAAAAAUUAUGGAAACUGAAGAUCAAUUAGGCAAGGAAGGUGUCUUAGAGAAAACAGACGAUUCUGAUACCUUACCAUAUUUUAAAAAUUUCUUGUAUAAUUUUGACAACCCUUGGGACUUUCAGAAGGAAACAGAAUUGCUAAUUCCCAAAAAGAUACUGGAUGAAAAUAAUGUAUUUGAAAAUGAUGAAACAGAAGAAUUUUCAGUUGAAAGUGAUCCCACAGCUAAUACAAAAGUUAUGAUGUUAAAAAGCAGAUACAGUCAGUCAGAUCUGAUCUCUGAAAUAGAUUUACCUAUGGGAAUUCAUGAAGACUUACACUUCAAAACUCCAUCAUCCAAAGAUGGUGAUGAAAAGUCAAAAACAUCACUAGAUACUGAAGGGUCUACUCAGGAGGAAAUAGACCUCUUUGAAAAUACCCUGCCAGACAGUCAGAUGUUAUCAACUGAUUACUCUUUGUCUUCUCAAAAUUACAUUGCUCAAAAAGAAGAUGCUUCCGAGGGUCACAUUCUGAAAUUUUUAUUUCAAAUUGAUGUUUAUCAUUUCAUGAAUUCUGCAUUAUCACCAAUUGCAAUUCUUACAGAAAGGGUAAGUUGA